AUGAUUCCCGAGCCCCGUGUCCCGAAUAUCACUGCCGUCGAGCUCGACGCCGCCCAGGUCCCCCAGGCCAUGCGCGACCACUGCUCCGACCUCCUGGUCAACCUGAUCCGCUGCCGCCGGACCGUCUCCUACCUGCCCUGGAAGUGCACCGAGGAGCGCAACCAGUACGAGGGGUGCCAGCUGGACGACUACAACCGUCGCCGCAUGAUCGCCCUGGCCAUGAAGGAGGAGGAGUAA